CCAGAAUACAAUUGGCAUACAGGAAAAUAUAAAAGAGAAAAUAGAACUGCUUGGGACAGAAGAUCUAUUCAUGUUCUGUAAGAAUUGCAGGGUCUGCUAUAUUUGUUAUACAAAGUCAAGUGAAGUACUUGAGUAUUGUAAAAUGUGCGGGUACUCCUACCACGUACACCACUGCACAAGAACACAAACUGAAAAGGCAAACUGGUAAUCCAGAAGAAAGAGUAGAUGGGUGUGAGAAGUGCACAGAGUUACUUAAAGGGGUUAAAUUUGAUGGGUUGUUAGGACCAGAAAUACCCGCACUUGAGAGGAGUACAGAAGAAAUUAGCAAAGAUGUGUCUAAGAAAGUAUGCGAUAUUAUAAAGAAGAACCGACCGGGGAAGAAUUCAGAAGGAAUACAAAAAGUAUUUUUAGGAGAAGUGGAAUUAACUCCUCUUUUUUCUUCUCCAUAUCCAGAGGAGUAUGUUAAGCACCGGAACUUAUUUAUAUGCAGUAAGUGCAUGGAGUACUUCUCUACGAAAUAUUCCAUGGAUAGGCAUCAGAGUAAGUGCAUGAUGGAAUAUCCACCGGGGAGACUUCUUUAUUUAGAUAAUGAUGAGACUGUAAUAUUUGAGGUGGAGGGAGAGAAAGAGCAGAAAUACUGUCAGAGUUUAUGUCUUCUAGCCAAGAUGUUUUUAGACCAUAAAACACUGUAUUAUGACGUAGAAUCAUUUCUGUUUUAUAUUGUAGGAGAGGUAAAGGAUAAUGUAUUCCACAUGCAGGGAUAUUUCUCAAAGGAGAAGGGAGAGGGAAGGAAUAAUUUAUCGUGUAUUGUUGUUUUUCCAGCGUAUCAGAAAUUGGGGAUAGGUUCAUUUUUAAUUGAUUUCAGCUACUAUUUAACAAAAACCACAGGAACUGUUCCAUAUAUAGCAGGACCAGAACAGCCACUUUCAUCAGAUGGUGAAAGGGCGUAUCUCUCAUACUGGACAAAUGCUAUUCUUAGGUAUAUUAUGGAUAAGAAGAACUUCACAAGUGAAGAUCAUACAUUUGAGAAAAUAUCUGAAUAUACAGGCGUGUCUAAAGAUAAUAUUAAAUCGGCGUAUAAACAACUUGUAAAAAGGUUCAAUAAAGAACUAACGUACCAUGAUUUUAUAUCCAACAGAGACAUAGUAAAAAGAACCAGACGAAUAAAAAAAGGAGCAUCUGUUCAAAAAAGUGUAGAGUGUAAUAGAGAUCACCCAGAAGAUACAAAAAUAAUCCACUCUGAACUACCUCAAAAUAUACCAAAUAUUAAUUAAUAAACCGUU